UUAAGUCCCAGACCCUCCCCAUCCCUAGUGUCCUGAGUUCGCUUCCCGCGGCCAGAUGUUGGAACCCGAGUGGGAAGAGGCCAGCGACAGCCCCUACCUCUGAAAGAGCUUUCCCCCCCCGUGGGGGGGGGUUAGCGUACGCCCCAUGCCCCACCCCGCGGGGACAGUCAGGGCAACAGAGGGAGAGGUUGAAGAUUGGAGGGGGCCUAGCCUUUUGCUUCUUCAUCGGGGUGGGGGGAGGGGUGCUCCCCACUUGUCACCCCUAUCCCCACAAGAACCAUAUGGAAAAAGAGCAGUCAGAUCCCCACUUACCUGUUCUUGUACCUCCCUUCCUCCCUCGUGUUUUCCUUCAUUCUCCACCAGAGGCGAGGGGCUUGGACCUGGUGGGGGAAGAUCCCCAGGGGAUUUGUGACUCUCCUGUCCCUUGGCCUUACUUGAUCCUAGGUUGUUCAGUUUUCCGCACAACCCAAGCAUCCCUGAAGCACAAGUGUCAGGGGUUACUAUUGACCAAUAGCAGUGGAGUGGGGGUCUAAUCUUUAUUUUAGGGGGCUUGUGUUGGAAGAGCCUAGACUGUUAGGCCUGGUGGGGUUGCUGGAAGGGCCUAGCGGCCUGCUGGUCUGUAAAGGGCUGAGCCCCUUGCCAGUUAGGCUGAGAAGUUUUAAGUUUAGUGAACGUUCAGGGCUGUCUCUACCUCUUAGAUACACAAAAUGGAAGGGGUAGGAAGGCGACAAGAGAGGGCUUCUUAACACUUUUUUCAGUGCCUGCUUGAGAAAGAGGAGGCCCCUCGCGGAGCUGGUUUGCCUUCUUUUGUGUCCUGGUUUGAUUCCUUAUGGCUUCCGUUCCCCCUUUCAGCCUGGCCUGUUUUAGGAAACUCAGGUUGAGAGUAUCAGUUGUGUGGUAGUAGUUGCAUUGUUCCAGUUACCGCUGUGUGUGGCCACAUCCCAAUAAUUAAAAUGCAGAAAAACACAAAAUCACUCACUUCACUUGAUCCUAGAGAGGGUGGGAGUUUGCUGCUUGUUCAAAGCCCUCAUGAAAAGCUUGAAAGAGUUUGCUUUACUCCGUGCUCCUCUUGACUGGUCAGCCUGAGGCCUGGGGUCUCUAGGGUAAAAGCCUGCAGUUAAGUUCCUCUCUGGUUGAUCUUUGAGAGCAGAGUUAAGAAACCAGGAGCAGAAGUGAUAUGAGCUUUAGUUUCUCUCACAAGAACAUGGGAGAAACAACUGAAAGGAGCUUGAAGGAAGCAGGAACUUUGUUCAGGGUGGUAGUAAUAAUUAUGCAUGAAAAUUAUAGUUAACUAUAAUGAUGAUUGAUUUCUGCGUCUUUCUUCCAAAGAACUCAAAAUACAUCCAAGUGUAUUUCUUUGCUUUUCCUUGUGGCCUCCUUCUGAAGUGAGAAUUGGGUAGGGAUAAUUCCCUCCUUUGUAGAGUGUGAUCUGCCCCCAAGGUCACAGAAGGAAGUACUGCCUUAGGCUUCCUUCCUUGGUGAGCAGGUAAGGGAGGAUGGCAUCCAACCAGAGAGAGACCCUAUUGCCUUCUUCAUCUUAAUGAUACCAUCACUUCUGGCACGCCAAGGCUUUGAAGAACAACAAACAGAAAGAAUGAGAAACAGCAGUCUGUGUGGGCUCCUGAUUUUUAUAGGUCAGAUGACUCAGCAGGCAUGACUGGAGAGGGAAGUCCCAAUGGUGCUAGAAUGGUGCUGCAGUGGCAGAAGACGGCUCACGAGUGAGGUCUGGAAGAACGACAGGGAAGACAUCCAUCAUUUGCUCCAAAGUGUGCAAGUAAAAUCCUGGGGAGAAUCAUGAUAACCUUGAUCACUGAGCAGCUACAGAAACAGACUCUGGAUGAGCUGAAAUGUACACGCUUCAGCAUCAGUCUGCCUUUGCCUGAUCAUGCAGACAUCUCCAACUGUGGGAACCCUUUCCAGCUUGUGUCUGAAGGUGCUUCCUGGAGGGGCCUGCCCCACUGUUCCUGUGCUGAGUUCCAAGACAGCCUCAACUUCAACUAUCACCCCUCAGGCUUAAGCCUGCACCUCAGACCACCCAGUAGGGGAAGCUCCCCACAGGAGCAACCCCUCUCCCAAGUCCUAAGCCCUGAGCCCCCAGACCCAGAGAAGCUUCCUGUGCCCCCUGCCCCUCCAUCCAAGAGGCACUGCCGUUCACUCUCAGUGCCCGUGGACCUGUCUCGCUGGCAGCCAGUGUGGCGGCCCGCCCCCUCCAAGCUGUGGACUCCAAUCAAGCAUCGGGGCACUGGUGGAGGGGGUGGGCCGCAGGUGCCUCACCAGAGCCCCCCCAAGCGGGUCUCCAGCCUCAGGUUCCUCCAAGCUCCCAGUGCCUCUUCUCAAUGUGCCCCAGCCCACAGACCCUACAGUCCCCCUUUUUUCAGUCUGGCCCUGACCCAAGAUUCCUCUCGACCCUGUGCCACCUCCCCUCAAAGUGGCUCCUGGGAGAGUGAUGCUGAGUCCCUGUCACCCUGCCCACCCCAGCGCCGCUUCUCCCUGUCACCCAGCCUGGGCCCACAGGCAAGUCGCUUCUUGCCGUCUGCCCGGAGUUCCCCUGCAUCUUCCCCGGAGUUACCCUGGCGACCUCGAGGUCUCCGUAACCUUCCCCGAAGCCGCUCACAGCCUUGUGAUCUGGAUGCCCGCAAGACUGGGGUCAAGCGGCGCCACGAGGAGGAUCCCCGGCGUCUGCGGCCUUCCUUGGACUUUGACAAGAUGAAUCAGAAACCCUACUCAGGAGGUCUCUGUCUCCAAGAAACAGCCCGGGAAGGCAGCAGCAUCUCUCCACCGUGGUUCAUGGCCUGUAGCCCCCCACCUCUCUCGGCUUCCUGCAGCCCCAUUGAGGGUUCCUCCCAGGUGCUGAGUGAAAGUGAAGAGGAGGAGGAGGGGGCUGUGCGGUGGGGGCGGCAGGCACUGAGCAAGCGGACACUGUGCCAGCAGGACUUUGGGGACCUGGACUUGAAUCUGAUUGAGGAGAACUAAAACUGAGAGGCUACUUCCUGGGGCCACACAGACUGACUCUCUUAUGGCUACUAACAAGUGUCGAGGCCCCAAGGCUGAGGGCCCAGCCUGGGAAUGGGGGUGAGUGGAGGGCUCCGACUCAGGGCAGCCGGAAAUCUUCUCGCUCCAGCAAGCUCGACCAUGCCAAGAGACUGGCCGGGACAAGAUAAACGGAGCUGGUGGCGGGAGGGACAGCCCCAGAGCAGACCCUUUCCAUGGCGGCCCUGAGUGUGAGUAUCCCUGCCGCUGAGAGAGCAAUGGGCAGGGAAGGAAGGGGUCUGCUGACCCCAGCUCGGGGAAUUUCACUAGCCCCUUUGCUUCAAAGGGCACUUGUGUCUUAGAAUUUGGCCAGGGUGGGGGGUUCAGUCAGCCUCCUCAGAGAAAUUGUGUGAGAGUGUGUGCGUGCAUGGGAGUGUACUUGAGGAGAAAAGUGUGUUUGCAUAGCCUUAGGGAAGGAAGGCAGUUGCUCCUUAACAACAGAGCAUCAUGAUACCCCAAGGAUCUUGAGUUUUUAAGGGGACAGUGGGCUUAUUCAAGGAGCCAAGAGGAUGGCUCCAAGUUUUCCUUUUUUUCUAAAGAGCUCUGGAACCAGGCUUAUAAUCCAUAGCAACACUGGCUCUGCAAGGGAUACUGUUUUGGGGUACACCAGGGCCUUUUAAGUGAUGUGACCUCAGCUAAUGGUCUUUUCCUCAGUCCCACCCCCUCCCACUAGAUCUAGUAUUGAGGGCUGCAGGGGUUGCCAUGUUUAUUCUGAGCUGGCCUGUUUUUUCUCAUCAGAUUGUCUAGGCCAUAUACAACUUGCCUCUCUGGCUCUCUGUGUAGAUGCAACAUGUGGGCAACAUGAGACUGGGCUGAAGGGCUCUGUGUCUUUUUCAUUGAGGGGACCUCUUCCUCUUAUCUUCUGACCAUCCAGUUUAGAGACAAGAUAGCAAGGCCCUAUCUUGGUCCCCACCAUCUUUUGAGGCAGACUUGCAACAAGAGUAGUAGCAUUCAGUCCCCAGCAGAAAGGGGUAAACUUGCCCUAGCACUGCCCUUUGGAAGCAGUCUGUAAGGAGACCUAUUCUUAUAAGAACCAGGCCCAGACUCUUUUCUGACAUGCUUGAGAAAGAAGAAGGGGUGAUCAGCAUUUAAUAGUUUGCUUAUCUUCCACUUCUGCCAGGAAAUGUUUAUUUUCUUCUAAUUGGCCCUGAGAGACCACAAGGAGGUUGGGGCUCACUGAGGGAUUGGCUAAGGAUGUGUAAAGCAAAGGCUGUGAGAAGCAGCUGGGAGUUUGUUGUUGUUGGAUUGAAUUUCCUUUUUUGUUUCUCAUCCACAACUUGAGCCAGGGCAGCAGGUCUCGGUGGCCUCAGUGGUGGAUUUGAGGACUAUAGAGCUUGUUAGGGCUGGCACCAGUGAAUAUGCAUACUGAAGCUGCUGCCAUAGUAGCCUAUAAGGUUUUGUCCAGCUUUGGUUAGACCCUGCAUGACCAAAUUGGACCUGCUCUUUCUGUUUAUUGCAAGAAGAGCAUUUUUCUGUUCAAUUUCCAGGGUGUCUUAGGACCCAAUUCCUCAUGAUAGGGAAGAAGACCAAAUUCUGUUUUUUCUUCCUUAUGGAAUUGAGCCUGACAUUUUAUAUAUCGUGUCAGAAUCAGAGGCUUUGGCCUCCUUGCCUCCACUUCAGAGGAGGUGGCCAUGUCUUCUUGAGCCUGUGGCCCUCAGAGGCUCUACCCUUCCAGGGCUCCUCCCAUCUCCUUGCUAGUUACCACAUAUUGCCACUUGGGCUACCAGGUCUCUAGGGGCCUGAGAGAGGCUCUCUAGAGAAUCCAGGGAAACUGUGAGCCCAGGAGUUGCCCAUCAUUGGUUUCAUCCCUCCCCUGGUUCUUCUCUCCCUCUUCAGGCCAUAAUUUCCCUGGUGCCGACUUCUUUUCCUCCUGGGGCAUCCUCAUCCCUGGGCUCUCUGCUGCAGAUUGGCUGUGCCAGUUUCCAGUAGUUCACUGGCAAUGCCAGCAGGGUCUCUAUAGGCCCUAAACUGAAGAAAUGAGAGCAGUGGUUCAGCUCCAUCCUGGCUUCCUUAGCACCUAGGGGAGAAGGUCUACAGUUGUUGUAUUUUAAUUCCAUUACUUUAAGUCUGGAAAGUUCAACUAGUCAGAACUAUCAUCUUGCUUCUUAAUCUAAGCACCUGUGGCCCUGGAAAAAGCCUUUUAAGAAGUGGUUCAUUUUGCUUUACACAAUAGGUCUGUUCCAACAGUUCUGUGUAAGCCAGAUGCUAUUUUUUUUUUUUUUUAAUGCAUUUGGACUGCUGACUAUUUCAAAGCAGCCAUGAUUGCUUCUUUUGUAAAGCAAGCAACUUCCCUCUAUUUUAGCUGUUUUGAAUAUUUGGAUUUUCACAUAUUGGGCUUACCCAGAGUGGAACACAACUCCAGGGCUUGUGGCUGACGCUGGGUUGAUGUCUGCAUCUGUGCUGUGUGUGUGGUGUGGCUGGCCAGUAGGUGAGUAUUCCUGCGUGUGUGAGUGAAGCCACUCCCAGGCUGGUGCUCUCCUCCUGUGCCCGGUGACUGCCCAGUGGCAGCCCAGCUGCCCUUCACUCCCACCUGCUGCCAAAGUCCCUGUACUAAUGGGAUUACAAAAACAAAAGUGGAAAAAGAUUUUUCGUAAACUUUGUUUUAUAUUAAAAAAAAAAAUCCAUAAGUCUGUGUGUGUUAAACAUGAGGUUCUGCCUCUGUGGCUGUGUUUGAAAAAAUAAAGUUUUAUUAGAAUAAUCCAUUUUCCCAAGCAA